AUGAACCAGAACAAUAUGGGAGGCAUGAACCCAAUGGGCGGUGGACCCGUUGGAGGUGGAAUGCCUAUGAUGAACAAUGGAGCUGGAGCUCGACCUCCGCUUCAAGCGAACAUGGCUGAUCAACGAGCGCAACUUAACACAUAUAUAUACGAGUACUUCCUAAAGAAUAACAUGUACGACUGCGCAAGGUCGCUAGUGGCCAGCGAUCAGCCAAUUAAUGUACAAAAUAAAAGCCCCGGCCAAAAUGGCGACGAUGGGGGAGAUGGCUCCUCCAAAGGCGAUGAUCCAAAAAGACACGACGACCUGCCAACACCAAACCUGCCAACCGACUGCGAAGAUAGCUGCUUCUUGUACGAGUGGUGGUGUCUUUUCUGGGACAUGUUUAAUGCGCAACGCGGUAAAGGAGAGAGGCAAUCGGUCAUGGCCUAUGUUAACCACACUCAAAAUCAAUCCCGUCAGAGACAGGAGCAGCAGGCUCAGGUUCUCCGCAACAUGAGAAACGAUGUCGCGCCACAAAACUACCAACAAAUGAUGAUGAGGCCCGGACCAAAUGGGAUGUCUCUUCAGCAGCAAGAGCUCCGCAAGAACGCAAUAAUGGCGAAUAGACAACAGAACAUAACCCCGCAGCACGCCCAAAUGCUAGCUCAGCAACAAAAGGCAAACCAAAUGCAGCGGGUCCCGUCGGAUGGUAAUAACCAGCGACCACAGUCUCCCGGAUCCGCAGAGAAUGCCCCAUCACCAUCGAAGAAACCCCGCCUCGAUGCUGCCGCGUUCAACCCACAGCAGGGAAUGCCAAAUGGAAGAGGACAAAUGCAGGGAAUGCCCCAACAGCAGGUGGGAGAUACUGGCCCCAGCAAUGCUAUUCAAGCCGCUCAUAUGCAGCUUGCCAAUGGUAUCGAGCCAAACAAUCUAACAGGUCAGCAGUUUCAGGUCCCCGGCGGCGCGAAUCCCGCCCAACAGGCGAGGUUAGCUGGAUACCAGGCCGGUUUGGCGCAACAGCAAGCUGGUCAAAUGCCAAAUAAACCCAUGCCUAACCAAGGAGGUCCACCAAACCAAGGCUCGCCGAUGAUGGCACAAGGUCCCGCAGACGGAAAUCUCGCAAAUUAUUACAACCCUACCGAUAUGGGUGCAAAUGGCAUGAGAGGACCAGCAGGAGCUCAAGGAGCCGGUACAGGCAACCACGCGUUGCAGGACUACCAAAUGCAGUUGAUGUUGCUUGAGCAGCAAAAUAAGAAACGGCUCAUGAUGGCACGGCAAGAGCAAGAUAGUAUGACGUUGCCUCGAGGCGCUGAUGGUGCACCGGGUGCACAACCAAUGGGACCAAAUGGACAGCCAUUCCAAGGUGCUUCACCUGGAGCUCGCAACUCACCUAACCCUACAGAUGCGAUCAAGCGGACUCCUCACAUGAACCCUGGAAGUAUCCCAUCUCCAAUACCUGACGGACAAAACAGAGGAUCACCUGGCUCGAUGAACUUUAAUAAUAUGCCUGGCAACCCAAUGGAUCCCAACAACAUGAAUCCAAAGUUCUACCAGAUGAAUGGAGGAAUGGAUCCGAAUAUGGUCGCGGCGAAUAUGCAAAACGGCAUGCGUCCACCAAGUUCUCAUCCUGGAGGCUUUAACCCAUUAGCUCAACAACAGAUGCAAAUGCAACAGGCACAGCGACAACAAGUCGCGGUCGCUCAACAGCAAGCUCAGCAACAACAAGCUAAUGGUCAGAACUGGGUAGGUCCAAAUGGCCAACAAAUGGUAAGCCAGCCUAGUCAAGGAGCCCCUCAGCAAAAUAUUGGUACACCGAGACAACAGAACCAAAUGCCGCCUCCGUCCGCUCCAGCUGGAGCAGUUGCAAAUGGUAGAACCCAACCAUCAUCUCCACAAAGUGUUGCGGCGCCUCCAACACCGAACCAGGCGAAUAAGGCAAAUCCAAAGAAGAAGCCAGAUGCGAAGGAUACUAAAGCAAAGCGCGCUACAAAGAAGGGAUCCGCUGCAAACCUCAAUGCUGGUGCUACACCGUCCGCCGAUGCUCCAACCGAUGGACCAACUCCUACGCCUCAGACCCCGAUCACUCCUAGCCAUAACAAGUUUGGUGGCCAGAAUGGUGCUGUACAACCUCCGACGAACGGUCAACCUCCUGCUCCUCCCGCGAACCCCGGUUUAGCUGUUGCUCAACAACAACCCGAACAAAUGCCCAACUUUGGUGGAAUGAAUGAUUAUGCAUACGAUGGUCAGCUCGCAUUCUCCGAUCCAGUUAAUGGAAAUAUGGAUGUUCUCCAGGAUUUCGAUUUUGACUCCUUCCUUCAUCAAGAUGGUGAUGUCGGAGACAACUUCCAAUUUGACAACUUUGCUAUGGAUGAUGGUGGCCAAAUUGGGGCGGAAUAA